AUGUCCCAGCNNUACCUCAUGGGAAUCAUCCCCCUUAUCGCGAGCGCAAUCUCCCUACUAUAUCUUACCUUUCAACUAAUCCAAACCGCCCUCAACUCGAAAUAUUCCUAUGCCUAUAAGCUUGUUAAUCCUAAACAUCCCCAUCCUUGGGACCUUCGCAUUCCUGCAACUCAGAAUGACCAAGACACCGACGAUGAUUCGGACGAGUUUGACAGAAACGAAGAUCUUGCCAUCCGUACCGUCCGUACUCGUAACACUGAGAUGUCUGUGGUCGACAAACCACGAGGCCAGCUUGUCCUGCCUAUCAUUGAAGAGCUAGCUGUGUUGGCUGAGAUUGGCAUCCAUGCUGCUGCAUGCGCCACUGGCAUCUGGGGCUGGAGCAGGACCACAAUCAUCUGCAGUACCGCUCUCUGGUCGUAUGUUGCAGUCUUGACCACUCUGCGUCUUUACUUCUCCAGCACAAACAACUACUCGUUCAAUAAGCUCUGGUACCACACCGGUUUCCUCUACGCAGCCCAAUGGAUCUGCGCUUUCCUCCUUNUCCGCUCAGCAAUUAUUCACCCAGUCUCUAUGGGUGCUCAAGCGCUCACGAGCACUCAUUUUGCGCUGACCACUCUGCUGACUCUGAUCAUGCUCACCUCACGUAAGGGCAACAAGCCUGUCGAGCUCGAGUACGAAGGCGACAUUGAACCAUCUCGCGAACCUCUUGCUAGUGUGCUUUCCCUCGCUACCUUUUCCUGGAUCGAUCCAAUCGUCUGGAAGGGAUACAAGAAAUCUACUGAGCUGUCAGAUGUGUGGAACCUCGAUCCUAAGGAUAAAGCUGAAUCCGUUCUUUCCAACUACCGCCAGGUCAAGAAGACCUCGAUUCUCGCAUGGCACUUGUUGAAGUACUUCAAGCGUGGCUUGCUCAUCCAAGCCGCAUGGGCUGUCAUUUCUGGAGUCAAUCUCUUCGUUCCCACUCUUCUCCUCAAGGUCAUCCUAGAAUACGUUGAGAACCCAGCCGACACCCCCAUCAACGCUGCAUGGUUCUACGUGAUCUUGCUGUUCGUCUCUGGUGUCGUGUCUGCCCUCUCAGGUGGUCAAGCUCUAUGGAUCGGUAGAAAGACCUGCAUUCGUCUUCGUGCCAUCAUCAUUGGUGAGAUUUAUGCUAAGACUCUGCGUCGUAAGGCAGCGGCAGCUGGCGACAAGGUUCUUGGUGAGCAAGAAAAGAAAGACAAUGAGCCUCCUGCACCCAAAGGCUCUAUGAAAGAAGCCUUCCUCAAGAAAGUCAAGUCGUUCUACAAGGGUAAGAAGACUGCAGAAGCUUCCAAGGAUGUACCCAAGAAGGAAGAGAGCACCGAGCAGGUUACUUCUGGUACCAUCAUCAACUUGAUGGCCGUCGAUUCCUUCAAGGUUAGCGAAAUCUGCGCCUAUCUGCACUUCCUCUGGGCAGAGGCUCCUGUUCAGUUCAUCCUUGCUAUUUACCUUCUUUACAGUAUCUUGGGAUACAGUAGUAUUGCUGGUAUUUUCAUGAUGGCUCUCCUUCUGCCUGUCAACCUCUUCAUCGCCAAGCAGUUCGCCAAAGCUCAAAAGAAGAUUCUUGCGGCUACCGAUGCCCGUAUUCACACCACUAACGAAGUGCUCACCAACAUUCGUAUCAUCAAGUACUUCGCUUGGGAGCAGCGUUUCCUCGGCCAGGUUGACGAGAAGAGAGCUGUCGAAUUGAGGAAUCUCCGUAACCGAUACAUCGUCUGGGCCGUCGCAGCUACCAUCUGGGGAGGCGCUCCCGUGAUCAUCACUUUCCUGACUUUCCUUGUCUACACCAUGGUCGAGAAGAAGGACCUUAUUCCGUCCGUCGCUUUCACCGCACUCUCGCUCUUUAGUCUUUUGCGCAUUCCCCUGGACCAGCUUGCCGACAUGGUUGCUCACGUUCAAGAGUCCAAGGUGUCUGUUGACCGUAUCGAAGAAUAUCUCAAUGAACCCGAGACCGACAAGUACAAGCAGCUUCAGGACAAGGACUUUGAUGAAGACGGAAAUCAUGUCAUCGGAUUUGAAAACGCAACCUUCAGCUGGGGCGGCGGCACUGAAGCCGAUGACUUCAAGAUGAUUGACCUCAACAUGCGCUUCCGAAUUGGUGAACUGAAUGUAAUCGUUGGCCCUACUGGUAGUGGCAAGACAUCUCUUCUUAUGGCACUGCUCGGAGAAAUGUCCCUACUUGAUGGUCAUGUAUAUCUUCCUGGUGGAAAGAGCAGAGAGGAUCUCAAGGCUGAUCCGGAUACCGGACUGGUCGAGAGUGUCGCGUAUUGUGCUCAGCAAGCCUGGCUUGUCAACGGAACCAUCAAGGAGAACAUCGUUNUUGCUAGCCCCUGGAACCCAAGACGCUACAAGGAUGUCAUCGUUGCAUGCUCUCUCCAACGCGACCUUGAGAUUCUCGAUGGUGGUGACCAGACUCUCGUUGGCGAGAAGGGUGUCACUCUUUCUGGUGGACAGAAGCAGCGCAUUUCUCUUGCUCGUGCACUUUACUGCAAUGCCAAGCACGUUCUUUUGGAUGACGUUCUGAGUGCAGUUGAUGCUCAUACCUCCAAAUGGAUCUUCGAGAAGGCUCUCAUGGGCCCUCUCAUGCUCAACAGAACAUGUAUCUUGGUCACUCACAGCACUACUCUUUGUCUUCCUCACGCUGCAUUCGCCGCUGUACUAGACAACGGCAGAGUUAGUACUCAGGGCAGUGCCAGGGAUGUCAUCAUGUCUGGCAAGCUUACCGAGGAUCUUAGCAAGGUCUUGGAAGAGUCUGAAGGCGGUGCAUCAACCAUCCCAUCCCGUGUACCUUCUGGCAUCGGUGGCGACAAGGCCUUUGGAGAGAACGAUCACGCCACUGAAGAGGCUACGAACGGCUCAGCCGACUACGAAGACAACACUCUCCACAAGGUUGUUACUAAGGAUAUCCCCGGCAUGAACAAGGACGUUGAUGUCACUCUGCCGACUGAAAGUAAAGCCACUGGAAGUGUCAGUCUCAAGGUCAUCAUCAUGUACUUCUCUUACAUGGGCACAUGGUACUACUGGGGCGUGACCGCUCUGAUGUUCGUCCUUCAGCAAGUCUCCCAGGUUUCGACCAACGUCUGGAUUCGUCAAUGGGCCAACGCAUACGCCAACAACAGGGAAAUGUCUGUUAUGGGUGUUUACACUCAACCUCGCCAACUUACUCACGUUUUCAGCGGCAUUGGCAGUGGAUCAUCCUGCAUCAAGAGCGGAUCUUGUCUAUGGGGUCUGCCUUCCUCUACUUCCAACACCGACGACCAGUUCUCUAUUCGUUCGGAAGGUUCCAACAGGGUUGAUGUCUUGUACUACCUUGCUGUCUACGGUAUUCUGGGCCUUAUCUACAUGCUGAUCACCGUCUCUCGUGAAGGUGUCAUCUUCUAUGGAUCCUUGGUCGCUUCUAAGAGAAUCCACAGAAAGCUUAUGGAGUCUGUCACGCACGCCAAGUUCCGCUUCUUCGACUCUACACCCCUCGGCCAAAUCAUGAACAGAUUUUCCAAGGAUGUUGAGGCCAUCGAUCAAGAGAUUGCCCCCGUCGCAGUUGGCGUAGUCCACUGCAUGGCAUCGAUCAUCACUACUGUUAUUCUUAUCUCGGUCAUCACACCUCGCUUCUUGAUUGCUGGUGUUUUCAUCAGCAUUCUGUACUUCAUGAUCGGUGCUUUCUACAUCAACUCAUCUCGCGACCUCAAGCGUCUCGAAUCUGUGCAGAGAAGUCCGCUGUACCAGCAAUUUGGCGAGACUUUGUCUGGUAUGACAACCAUCAGAGCUUAUGGUGACGAACGCCGCUUCAUUCGCGAGAACAUGCACAAGGUUAACACCCACUCGAGACCUUUCAUCUACCUUUGGGGCGCUAACCGCUGGCUCGCAUUCCGUGUCGAUGUAACCGGUGCAUUGGUCUCGUUCUUCACUGGUGCUUUCGUCAUUCUCAGCGUUGGCAAGCUUGAUGCUGGUGCUGCUGGUCUGGCCAUGACCUACGCUGUUACCUUCACUGAGAACGUCUUGUGGUUCGUCAGACUUUACUCAAUGAACGAGCAAAACAUGAAUGCUGUUGAACGUGUCAAGGAGUACUUCGAGGUUGAACAAGAAGCACCUUACCAAAUUGAAGACAAGAAGCCCUUGCCUGACUGGCCUAGCCAGGGUGCCGUUGAGUUCAAAGAUUACAGCACUAGGUACCGCAGCGACUUCGACAUGGUUCUCAAAAAUCUUACCUUUAAGAUCUUACCAGGUGAGAAGGUUGGCGUUGUCGGCAGAACAGGUGCGGGUAAGAGUUCGUUGGCUCUUGCUCUUUUCAGAGCUCUCGAAGCCGAGACUGGAAGCAUCAUCAUUGACGAUGUUGAUGUCAGCAUGAUUGGUCUUCAGGACCUGCGUGAGAACAUUGUUAUGGUUCCUCAAGACCCUACACUAUUCUCCGGCACUAUCAGAAGCAACCUCGAUCCCUUCGGCCUGUUCACUGACGAGGAAAUAUUCACUGCCCUUCGACGAACACAACUUAUUGGUGCUGCCUCAGCUGAGCCAUCGCGUGCCCCUUCACCCACAAAUGGCACAGAUAGCGUUCGUCUCGAAGGUGCAGCCACUGAUGCAGUCGCCGAUCCCGCCACGCUGGAGAACAAGAACAUCUUCACCAACCUCUACUCCCCAGUCGCAGAGUCCGGCAGCAAUCUUUCUCAAGGCCAGCGUCAACUUCUGUGUCUGGCACGCGCUUUGCUCAAGGACCCUAAGGUUCUGCUCAUGGACGAAGCGACCGCAUCCAUCGAUUACGCUACCGAUGCGAAGAUCCAAGAAACCAUUCGCGAGAUCAAGAACACUACCAUCACCAUUGCUCAUCGUCUGCAGACCAUCAUCGAUUACGACAAGGUGUUGGUGCUCGACAAGGGUGAACUGAUCGAGUUCGGCAAUCCUUGGGAUCUCAUCAGAAUGGAGAACGGUAUCUUCAAGGGCAUGUGUGAUAUGUCUGGCGACUUUGAGAUUCUGAUCAAGGAGGCCGAAAAGGCGCAUAAGGCGCGCCAGUUGGUUGAUGUCGAUGCCUAA